GAACUGCAUGAGCGCAUGAAACGGCAGGCACUGGCGGAAUUUGAAAGUUACCGCCAGCGUGUGGAGGACAUGCAACUGUGCACCGAAGCACAACACACGCAGCGUGUGGUCAGCAUGUCACGCGAGGUGGAGGAGAUGCGCCGCUCCUUUGAGGAGAAGUUGCGGGCCUUUGGCCAGGUGCAGGCACAAUUUGAGCAGGAGAAACGCCAGGCCCUGGAAGAGCUUAGAGCCAGCCACAGGCAGGAGAUUCAGGAGCUCCUGCGUUCUCACCAGAGCCAAAAUGCCAACUACAGCAAGGACCAGGAGAAACUGAUCCAGCUGCACAAGGCGGAGGUGGAGUCCCUGACAGAGAGGGUGGAGGAGUUGAAGCAAGAUAAGAAGCGUCUGGUGGAGGAGUAUGAAGCCAAGCUGAACAAAGCGCAGACCUUCUACGAGCGUGAGCUGGAGGCCAUGAAACGCACGCAGCAGCUGACUGCGGAGAACCUGCUGGCUUGGAAAAAGACAGAGGCUGAGCUGAGGAAGGAGUUCCAGGCACAGGAGGCGGCGCUGCAGAAGACCCUGGGAAAACUGCGCACUGAGCUCCAGCGUGUACAGGAGGAGGCCAGGGAGAGUCGCGAGAAAUCACAGAAACUGCAGGUGUCACUGUCUGUCGCCGAGAACAACAUCAAGGAUCUCCAUAAACAGCUGGAUGAAGUAACUCAAGAUGCAGAGAUUUUAGCAAUCCGUCAGAAGGAGGCCGAGUGUGAAUUGGAGGCCACCAGAGACCGAGUGCAGCAGCAAGCCACAGAGAUCCUCCUCAAAGCCAGCCAGAUUGGGAGUCUCCAGGCCACACAGAUGACCCAUGAAGCAGCGAUUCGAGACCUGGAGUCAGAGAAGUCUCGUCUGAAAGACAAGGUCAUGAGGCUGGAGGAAGAGAGAGGCGCGCUGCAGAACAAGAGCCAGGCUGUGGAUGAACGACAGAAACAGCAGAUCCUGUCUAUGGAGAAGGUACGGGCCUCAUCUUCUCAAAAAAUAACUAAGCAGCUGUAUGAGAAGGAGCUGAUGAACCUUCGUGCCAAAUACGAGGAGGACACUGCCCAUUUUAAAGAGGCACAGAACAGGGCCAUAGAAGAACUGUCCAAAAAACACAGAGCCAUCCUGGAGAAUACACAGAGCACAGCUGAAAAAGAGAAGAAACGACUACUGACUGAGAUGGAGCAGCAGUAUGAGAGAGAACGUGCCUCUCUGGAGGAACAGAAGAACAAUCUACAUGAGCAGUUGGAAAGUUUGAGAGAAGAGCUUACAGCCAAACUCAGCACUGCAAACAAUGAGAUGAACCAUUUGCAGGAGCUAGUGAAGGAGGGAGAAAAAGGUCUUGGUGUAGCAGAGGGACACAUCUCCAGCCUGAAGGAGGCCCAGGAGAAGCUUCUGGAAGAGCUGGAUGCUACCAGGGCCAGACUGAGGGAGACCAGUAACCUCUUGACUGCGCUGCAGGGAGAGAUGGAGACCCAGAAAAAGCAGCAUGAGGCCAAACUGAUCUCCACCAAGGAGGAGGAGAAACUGAAGAUGGACAAAAUGGCUCUGGAGUUGGAGCUGAAAUGGACUGAGACUCUUAGGCAGGAAUGUAAGAAGUUGCGUGAGGAGCUGCGUGAAGAGCAUGAGCAGGAGAAGCAGACAGCACUGACACAGCUGGCCCAAAGUAAGGACCAGGAAUUGAACACUGCCAAAGAGAGCUGGCAGAGGAAGGUGGAGGACCUACUGGAGCAGAUUUCCUUGCUGAAACAGAGUCUGGAGAUGCAGCUGUCCCAGUCACAGCACUCUCUACAGCGUCUGCAGGCCCAGUUCAGUCAGGAGAGGGAGCACCUCACCCAGCAGCAGCAGGAGCUGGAGCUGGAGCACCAGCGGAGAGAGCACCGUCUGCAGGAGGCUCACUGCUGUGCCCUACAGGACCUUCAGGCUACCCGUCAGCAUGACCUCAAGGAGUUGGAGGACCGUCUGCGGCAGCAACAUCUCCUGGAGCUGCAGUCUGUCAGAGAGGCCCACAGACUGAACAUAGAGACCCUGAAACAGCAGUCAGAACAGGAACUACAGACUCUCCGGUUUGAGCUGGAAGAUGAGGGCAAAGCCAUGCUGGCAUCCUUGCGUUCAGAGUUGAACCACCUCCAUGCUUCAGCCAUUGAACACCUCCGACAGAACCACCAACAGGAGACAGCUGCAGCCAAAGAGGAGCUGGAGAAUGCCCUGGAGCAGAGUAGGAUACAGGAGCGAGAGCUCCUUGGCCGUGUAUCAGAGCUGCAGGAUGAGGUGAACCGCAGGAAGAAACACAUUGCUGAUCUGGACCAUGAGAUUCACACACUGAAUGAGAACAUCGGCACCCUGACUAAGGAACUGGAACUCAAGGGCAAGGAGGUGCUCAAGAUCCGCAGUGAAGCCAACCAACAGAUCAGGACCCAUGAACAGGAGAUGUGUAAGAAGCAUGAGAGGGAGAUGUCAGAGCUGAAUGCACUACACAGCAGGGACGCCCAGAACAUGCUGUCAGACUUUAACAAAGCCCAGGAGCUCCUCAAGGACAAGAUCUCCGCCCUUCAGAUUCUGUUGGAGGCAACAGAGGAGAAGUUUAGGAACAGGGAGAGCAGGCCAGAGGACCUGCAGAUGAUCGCAGAGCUGAAGGAGAUGGUGACAGAGAGAGAGGCGCUGGUUAAGAAACUGGUGGAUGACAAGAAAUUCUACCAGCUGGAGCUGGUGAACAGGGAGACCAAUUUCAACAAGGUGUUCAAUGCUAACCCCAAUGUUGGCGUCAUCAACCCCCUUAUCAAGCAAAAGCGAAAGAAUGACAAAUCGGCCAGUCGAUUCAGCAGCUCCCCCAAUCUAAGGGCCAAUCUGGAGGCAUCAGGCACAGGGAACGGCAGCCAGUCCCAGCCCACCCGCCUCGAGCCCAUCCCCAACUCCCCUGUUCACCAGCUCGAGCUCAACACGAGCAAACCUCUGCCCCCGACGAGCCCUCCCGCCGAGCCCAAGAAAUUCACGAGCCCUCAUGAAACAGAAGGGUCACCUACAGCCUCCCCAGACCCCCAGCGACAGGAGUGGUUCGCCCAGUACUUCAGCUUCUGA